UUUAUUUUUUUUAAAUGUCAACGUCAUGUAAAUAUCAAAAUUUGUAAAAUCUCCGACGACAAAAUAUGAAUUAACAGAUGGCGAGAAAAAAAUAAUGUAAAUUAAAUGUCUGAUGACUUCCCAUAAUAUUAAUUGCUGUAAGUAAAAUAUAUAAGUAAUGACUAGGAACGCUUGUUCGCAUUUAGAAAAUAUAACUGAACUAUCAAUAUCGGAAAUUGUGCGAGAUGGGUACAUGUGCACCCAGUGCAAAUGUCCUGGACCCAAUCUCUGGGUCUGUCUCCACCAGAGCUGCCAAGAGAUCGGGUGCUCCGAAGCAUCUAAUGACCACAGCACGUUACACUUCAAAGCACUUAAUAAUCAUUGUGUUCACAUGAACCUAUCUACACAUCGAAUUUGGUGCUAUCUUUGUGAAAAUGAAGUGUUCUUAUCACAGAGAAAUAAUGUUAACAAUCACCAUGGUGGCUUUGGGGCAGAGAGCGAGAUUCAAUCGGCAGACUCAACAGAUGAUGAAGAGCGGGAUGAAAUGGAUUACACCAGAGGUCUGGUCGGCCUCCAAAACAUGGGCAAUACGUGUUACAUGAAUGCUGCUCUUCAAGCACUCAGCAAUACACCGGCUUUGACAGGAUUCUUUUUGGAUUGUCAUAAUUAUGUUGAUAUUAAUAAAGCGGGACUGGCAAAGUCCUAUCAGAAACUUAUCAAGAAGAUGUGGAACUAUAAAACUGGCGGUUACGUUGUACCUAGUGGAAUUUUAUAUGGAAUAAGAAAUGUUCAUCCUAUGUUUCGAGGAUACCAUCAGCAUGACACUCAAGAAUUUUUACGUUGCUUUAUGGACCAGCUGCAUGAAGAAUUGAAAGAAGCCUUGCCUGCAGCAAGGGACUUAUCUUCUGUACAACAAGACCACGCGGAUAAAAUUGAUGAACAUGAAAUCAUUUCUGACCGAUCAAGCCCAUGUCCUUCUCUGACACCUAGUCAAUCCGAAGGUGAAUAUGAAACAUGCGACAGUGGAGUCAGUGAAAGAUCUUCCCUUUCUGAAGAAAGCGGACAAAUUGGACAUCAUUCAAGACAAACGUCUAGAUCACGAAGUCCAAGUCCUACAAUCAUUCCGACUAUUCAACCAGAUAGAGAAAGGCUGAGGUCAAAGUUGACGGUUGUUAAUAGGUCUCCGCCGGCUAAUGUAAAUACAGAAUACCUAAAACCACAAUUCAGAUCCAUAAUUUCAGAAGUAUUUGAUGGCAAAUUGUUAUCCUCCGUACAAUGUCUUACAUGUGAUAGGGUGUCUACAAAGGUCGAAACGUUUCAAGAUCUUUCUUUACCAAUACCUAGUCGAGAUCAUUUAAAUGUGCUGCAUCAGAACCAGAAUACAUCCACUGUGACAUCCGAGUAUGAACCGCAAGGCAAUCAGGAAGGUUGGAUUUGGUGGAUAUGGGGCUGGUUUCGAUCGUGGUUCUGGGGGCCUGCUGUUACAUUGCAUGAUUGUUUGGCGGCGUUUUUCUCAGCGGACGAAUUGAAAGGAGAUAAUAUGUAUAGUUGUGAAAAGUGCAAUAAACUCCGCAACGGUGUUAAAUAUUCUAAAGUUAUGGCUCUACCAGAGAUGCUUUGUAUUCAUUUGAAACGUUUCCGGCACGAACUGAUGUAUAGUUCAAAAAUAUCGAGUCCUGUUAAUUUUCCACUAACUGGACUUGAUAUGAAACCAUAUUUACAUAAAGAUUGUGUUAGUGAAAUCUGCACCUACGACCUGUCCGCCGUCAUCUGUCAUCACGGAACCGCCGGAGGAGGCCACUACACCAGCAUGGCCAAGCACAGCGCCUCUGGCGUCUGGUUCGAGUUCGACGACCAGUUCGUAACGCAAGUUUCAUCAGAGAGUGUUGCCAGAUGCGAAGCCUACGUACUGUUUUACAGGAAGUCGCCGAGUCCUCGGAUGGCCAAUUUGAGGAAAAUGGCAGCGGAAUUGGUUGAUGUCGAAAGGGCGACGGAUAUGUCUUUCUAUGUGUCCAAACAAUGGAUUAAUAAAUUUAAUACAUGUGCAGAGCCUGGUCCUAUCGAUAAUUGGUCACUGUUGUGCCAGCAUGGUUGUGUAUCACCAGAAAAAGUCAGUUAUGUACACAAAUUAGCAGUUCCUCUUUCGCAGCCACUAUGGGACUUCUUGUACAAGAACUUUGGCGGCGGGCCCGUUUGCAAUCAGUUAUUUGAAUGUGAGACUUGUAAAGAAUAUUUAGAAUCGUUGAUAAAAAGACAAUAUUAUGAAUUGGAUACGUUUAUGAGUCUUCAUCAUGAAUUUCAGGUGAGCGAAAGUCCGUCAACAAUCUACGCCCUUUCGAUGGCCUGGUUCCGCAAAUGGCAAACAUUUGUUCGUGCUGCAGGAUUCUGCGAAAUUCCUGGUCCCAUAGAUAAUCAAGUCAUAUGUAAUUCAAAUAAUACUGUCAAGUCAGGAUCGGACUAUGCCCAAUUGAAUCAUGCAUUAUGGAAAUUCUUAUUCGAUAUUUACGGCGGCGGCCCUGAGGUUAUACUUAGGGCUUAUAUUGACUCACCAGUAACAAGUUCAACUACUUUACAAUUGGAUGAAGACAACGACACCACAAGUACCUCAGACGUCUCCAUCAACUUACCCCAAACACUGAAAGAAAGAGUGAAUGCCAGAAUAAACGCUCAAGGAAACCUUCUCAAAACACAAAGUUUACAAAACAUUCCAAGAGUAACAGACUCAAUCCCCGAUUUAGUUGGAGACUAUUCAAACUGCUGCCUAAAAUUAUCCCCCAACAACACAGCGCAGAGUUCCUACAGUGCAUCAGACUUCCACAAACACAUGGACGGUGAACAGAUGAUGAACGGAGAUGUGAGCUCCAACAUUCCUUUACUGACUUCACAAAUGGGGGCGGCAAGACUUUCCGACCAGUGUCUCCAAUCAGCAAACGAGUGCCUUUGCAACAAAAAACAGAAAAAUAACAAAGCCAAAAAUAAUAUAUCAAACGAAUCAGGAGAUCCAAUGACGAACCAUUAACGAUUGCAAAUUGUAAAUAUGUAUAGUUAAAUUAAAUUUUACCAAAGUUAUAGAGAAUCUAUUCACAUCUGUGUCAAUUAGCAAUGAGGUCUACGAUUGUUUUAUUCAUUUUAAUUUGGUUCAGGAAACGAUUAUAUAUUUAUUUAUAUGUCAAAAUAUCUAGCA